UACGUUCUUUGACGCAGCGUGUGUUCAGUUGGUCGUUUCCUUGGGAUAAGUUUGGCGAGGCCUGACAGUUGCAAAGAUGGUGCUGAAAGCCGUGUGUGUGCUGAAAGGAGAUGGAGAAACCAGUGGGACGGUUUAUUUUGCGCAAGAGAAUGAGUUGGACCCAGUGAAGGUUAGUGGAGCAAUCAGCGGCCUCACGCCUGGUCUUCAUGGUUUCCAUGUCCAUGCUUUUGGAGACAAUACAAAUGGGUGCAUCAGUGCAGGGCCUCACUACAAUCCCUUCGCCAAGAACCACGGUGGUCCUACUGAUGAACAAAGGCAUGUCGGAGACUUGGGGAAUGUGACUGCAGGAGACAAUAAUGUAGCCGAGAUCAACAUCACAGACCGUUUUCUCAAGCUCUCAGGGCCCAACUCCAUUAUUGGCAGAACUAUGGUGAUCCAUGAGAAGGCUGAUGAUCUUGGAAAAGGAGGAAAUGAAGAGAGCCUCAAGACAGGAAAUGCUGGUGGACGCCUGGCCUGUGGUGUUAUUGGCAUCGCCCAGUAAAUCUAGUACAAUCUGACACAAGAUGGAUCACUGAAGUUUUUCCCUCCCAAGGCACUUAAUAAGACCAACAUAGCUACUUAAUGUAACAUUGUACCGUUCAGUACUCGGUGGGCUUGUUUUGCUAGUUUAGCCAUUGUCUGCCCUGUCCGUUCCUAAUGAAAGUUGUUUAAAUGGGGCUAGUCUGCCAAAAUGGUAACGCACAAGUCAUUUAUAAAUGUAUACUAUUGGAGAGUAAAUGAAUAUUUCUUCAGA